AUGUCAUUACUCCUUUCCCUCUUAACAAACCGCAUUCAACUUGAUCCUGCUUAUGAAAAGGGUGCAUGGGACUUUGUCCGAGCUGUUUCUGCUGUUAGAGGAGAUAGUCAGUUGAUCAUUUGCCCUUGUAAAGACUGUCGCAAUGUUGAUCGUCAUUCAGGCAUUAAUGUAGUUGAUCAUCUUGUGAGACGUGGAAUGGAUGAGGAUUACAAGCGGCGUAAGGACUGGUAUCAUCACGGAGAAUUGAGCUCAGUGGAGGCUGAAGUAGGGAUGAAAGGAAAUCAGUUAAACGAAGAGAUUGUUGGGUUAUACAGAGCUGCUGAGACUAAGUAUGGCUGUUCUGAUUUCUGUGAGAUGGAAGAGGUAGAAGACAAGAAAGAAGAUGAGUUCUUGGCAAAGAUAGUAGAUGCCGAAACACCAUUAUAUCCAAACUGUGCAAACCAUAGCAAGCUCUCUGCCAUCGUGUCAUUGUUUAGAUUGAAGACUCAGAAUGGCUGGUCUGAUAAGAGCUUCAAUGAUCUACUUGAGACAUUGCCGAAGAUGUUACCUGAGGAGAACGUGCUUCAUUCAUCAAUGUACGAUGUGAAGAAAUUCUUGAAGACUUUCGGUAUCGGUUAUGAAAAGAUUCAUGCCUGUGUCAACGAUUGCUGUCUAUUCAGAAGAAAGUUGAAGAAGCUUGAUAAUUGUCCCAAAUGCAAGGCUUCAAGGUGGAAGAUAAACAUGCAGACUGGUGAGGUCAAGAAAGGGGUCGCGCAAAAAGUAUUAAGAUACUUUCCAAUCAUUCCGAGGCUGCAGAGGAUGUUUAGGUCUGAGGAAAUGGCGAAAAACUUAAGGUGGCAUGCUAGUAACCGUAGCACUGAUGGGAAACUCAGACACCCUGUAGAUUCAGUGACAUGGAAACAAAUGGAUGACAAACAUCCUUUAUUUGCUGCUGAGGAGAGGAAUAUUCGACUGGGAUUAUCUACUGAUGGAUUUAAUCCUUUCAGCAUGCAGAACAGUAAGUACAGUUGUUGGCCUGUGUUGUUAGUAAACUACAACCUGCCUCCAAAUCUGUGUAUGAAGAAGGAGAAUAUCAUGCUCACCUUGCUCAUUCCUGGUCCACAGCAGCCUGGUAACAGCAUUGAUGUCUACUUAGAGCCUCUAAUAGAGGAUCUAAACAAGUUGUGGAGCCUUGGAGAGUCGACAUAUGAUGUGGUGAGUAAAUCUGUUUUUACUCUCAAGGCAAUGCUUUUGUGGACGAUUAGUGAUUUCCCAGCCUAUGGAAAUCUAGCUGGUUGCAAAGUGAAGGGGAAAAUGGGCUGCCCUGUAUGCGGGAAGGACACAUAUAGUAUGUGGAUGAAGUUCUGUAGGAAACAUGUUUACAUGUCCCAUAGAAAAGGUCUCCCACCAACGCAUAGGUAUCGGAUAAAGAAGACUUGGUUUGAUGGAAAAGCUGAACAUCGAAGAAAGUCUAGGAUACUGUCGGGUCAUGACAUAUCCAAUAAUCUAAAAAACUAUGUCAACAAUUUUGGGAAUGGAAAAAAAUCUGGGAUGAAGAGGAAAAGGACCGCCAUUGUCGAUGAAGAAAAAACUGUGGAAGAUGUUUCCAGUGAAUCAGAGCCAGAGGAAGAAGAUGAAGUUAAUGUUGAGGAGUUAUCUAGAUGGAAGAAAAGAUCAAUAUUUUUUGAACUGCCAUAUUGGGAGGACCUGCCCGUAAGGCAUAACCUGGACGUCAUGCAUAUAGAGCGAAAUGUGGGAAAUAGCAUUGUCUCCACAUUACUGCACUGCGGGAAAUCAAAAGAUGGACUCAAUACUCGUAAAGAUCUGGAACAUCUUGGAAUUAGGAAGGAUCUUCACCCCAGCAUCAAAGGAAAAAGAACGUACCUGCCAGCAGCACCUUGGUCGUUGUCAAAGUCUGAAAAGAAAGUCUUCUGUAAGCGUCUUUUUGAUUUCAAAGGACCUGAUGGAUAUUGCUCAAAUAUAUCAAAGUUCUCUGCUGUGUGUUUGCCUUUAGGAUGA